UUCAUGUACAUAAUAAUGAUAACGAAAUUUUCAAACUAAAAACAUUUUGUCGUCAUCAUAAUAUAAUUGAAAUUAGAUCGUCCGAAACAGCCCCUCGACCGAAUGCUGUCGUUUCUAUAGCCACGAUGGACAAAACUGCCGUGUUCAAGGCGUACGUGAAAACAAUCAAAACGAGAAACAGAGCUUUCGGGUCACCGGCCCCACCGCAAGCGGACAUACUUAGGCAACAGCGUAAACCGCGUAGGGACGACUUUUCACGCAGGGCCAAGGACAUUGUUAACGACCUGUCCAGGCUGACGGAUUUCUUAAAUCGCCAUUACAAGGACUACAUCGAUGUACAGGCAUUCAACCAGCACACGACGUUGACGGACGCGGACCGUGAUAAAAUUGACAUCGGUGCGCAGCAUAUCAUCAAAAUGUGCAGUCAGCAGGUGAACGCGAUCAAAAAGAUCCUGAGUGGUGACUGUGGCCAGAUCAAUGAUCACAGGCGGCAGAUUGUGCGGUACGUAGAAUGGCGCCUCAAAUCUGUUUCCAAACUAUACGCUGAGAUUAAAGCAACCCGUGCUCAGAGGUGUGCUGAAUAUGAAAAUGUUUCAAAGUUAAGUAAUUUAGCACACGGUUUCGAUCAACCAAAGGAAACAGUUAUUGCUACAGCUGUUGAAUAUGAAGCUGCGGAUAGGCAAUAUGCUGCUCAAAUUGAAGAAGAGUUAUCACCUGAAGAACUACAAAUGUUUGAAGCUGAAAAUAUAGAAAUGUACAACGAGUUAAAUCAGUUAUCAAAUGAAGUAAGAAAUAUAGAGUCCAAAGCUGUAAGGAUAGCUGAGUUGCAAGAGUUGUUUACGGAAAAGAUACUAGAACAAGACCAAGAUCUCGAGAGAAUAGACACAAUUGCAGUAAACACCACAGAAAAUAUUGUUGAUGCUAAUACAGAAAUAAGAUCUGCUAUACAAACCAAUGCUGGUUUAAGAGUGUAUAUAUUGUUUUUUAUAUUGGUGUUAUCAUUUACCUUAUUAUUUUUAGAUUGGUAUAAUGAUUGAACAUAAUUAACAUUGUUUGACCCCUUCCAACAGAUUAUAUACACUAUUUUGGAAAUAUUGUAAUUAUUAAAUAAGUGUUGGGUAAUUAAUUGAUAAUAUAGCGUAUUAAGAUUUUGUUGAAUCAUCAAUUUUA